AUGCCUAGCUCCAAGUCAGUAUCGGGGAGUGAGCCGGCGGAUCAACACGCCGCAUGGUGGGAAGCACCAUGGAAAACUAUGGCUGACCUUGCAGAAGCCGUCGACGAUCUCAUAUGUAGUUUCGACUAUAUGGACACAGCUAUGGAUAAUCUAGUGAUGCUUAUAUUCAUUUGGAUUCUAUUUUCCAUAGUGUUACUCGGCAUAGCUAAAUGGGCGUACGGGAAAUAUGGUGCGAAGAAGGUGGACGAGAAAGUCGAGAAAAAGGUGAACGACGAUGCGAAAAAGACCGCGAACGAAAUUAUCAGUAGCGCCGAUAGCGUGCUGGCAACGAGUGCUAAGAUAAAGAGUGGGACGUUCAAACCCAGCAAGCCGACCAGCUUCGUGCCAGCGACUCCGCCGGCGGUCAAGAAGCGAUUGGGCCGCAUGUCACCCGGGCCAGAGCAACUGUCGACUAGGAAACACCAGAGCAUCAUAGUACCCACAUGCACGGGACCAGACGCUGCGAGCGUUCAAUGGGUGAAUGAGUUAUUGACGUGGUUAUAUAAUGAUUUGGUUAUUGUGAAUGAACUAGUGCAGCAAUGGAUCGUGUCCAUGAACGAGUUUUCGAAGAAAUCGGUGGAAGAGCAAGGUAUUGGUGUAGAACUGGUGCGAGCGUUGGACAGCCACCCCCCCUCGAUAUCCAAUGUGUUCUGCGAGUGUGACUCCAAGGAUGACGUUAUGAUCACCUGUGACUGCGAAGCGACGCCUGCCUUCCAGCUCAAGGCGUUUAGUCAACGAGGAGAGAAAGUCGAGGUGUCCCACUACAGAGUCAAUGUCAACAGGUUCCGCGCGCGUCUCAACGUCACCUGCAUCACUGAGAAGCUGAUAGGAGAACUGAAAUGUGAUGGAUGGCCAGAAGUGAAGGUGGCUCUCGCUCCUGUCGGUCCUUUAAGACCCAACGCCGCGGAGACGGACUUACAACAACUAGUUAGCGACAUCAUAGUCAGCGCACUCCGCAGUACUCAUUUGAAGUUCAAUUUGUCCCCAUACCCCACUUGCCCAAGACUGAGGCGGUACAUCCCCGAGUCCACGCCUCGGUUGCCUCUGCACUACGACUCAAUGCUCCAACAAGAUCGUCAUAUGUACACAUCCACCCCGAACUCAACUGCGGGUAGUUUGCAAUUGCUGGGCGAGAAACGGUUAUUGGUCAAAGUCGUGGGCGCAAAAGAUUUGGGAGGUAAAACGGGAUGUAUAGCUCCAUAUUGUGUAGUCGAGAUGGACGAGCCACCUCAACGCAAUCAAACCGCUUUCAAAAAGGACUCCGCAAGCCCACAAUGGGAAGAACAUUUCCUAUUCGACUUAUCAGCUCAAACAGCCGAAUUGUUGUUUGAAGUCUACGAUAGGACGGGACCACCAUCGCCCGGUGGAGGUUCUUCACAGCAUAGGUUCCUUGGUUUAGGUCUGGUGGGUAUAGACGAAUUGCUCGCUGCUCCGUCUCAGAGGCAACAGAUUGCUUUACAGACGAGACCAAUGGAGGAACAUGACGUCAGUGGCAGUCUAACAGUAGAAUUCUUAUUCAUAGAUGGACCCGACAUCCCAGAUCUCGGUGCCAAGCCACUUAAAAUCAAAGAAAGCCUUCGCACCGUUUCACCGCAUGGACAAAUGACCACCACAACGAAAACUACCUUCAAACAAAAUGGCCAUGAAAAUACUGCGCUUACAGAAUCAGCACUUCGAGAACUUGAACUGAGCCCUUCCAACGCUAACAAAUCUACCCUCAUCAUACAUUCUGUGCAAAGGGAGCCACCAAAAUCAAUCAAAGUGGAAAUGACCGAUUCUGGGAAGUUCAUCGAAGUUGAGCGAGAAGCUAGCCUUAAAAAUAGCCCGGAAAGCGAGAAAACUGCUGAAAACACACAGAAAAAUAUUGAUAUACCCGACUCAAAGAAAGAUGGUGAAAAAGGCACUCAGUCGAAGACGGCUACACCGAGCCAAUCGCCAGCUAAGAGCGUGAGGAUAAAAGAGAACGGCACCAAGCCGAAUGGAACGGAUGUGCAAGGAGAUUACGUCAAUAAGCAAGAACCACCACCACCAGAACCGGCACCAAGGCAAAAACGAAAAAGGGAUUUCUUUGGCACCAUCAAGAGGAGGUUAGGUAGAUCCCGGACUCGCGGGCAAUCGCUUGAUCUUCAGGACCCGGAUAGCGAAGACCAGCACUUGCGCAGCAUUAGCGCAGAAAGAAAUAGUAAUGAUAAAGCUUUAGUACCGAGUAGAAAUGUCUAUUCAGCCGGGGCGUCUCCUGCGCAGUCGGGUGACGAAUCUAGGACAUCAAGAAGCGAAGUUUCGGGCUUCAGUACCGCAUCAGCCCGCACGUUCAUCCACGAAGCGUCCACUCUAGUCUUGGAGACGAUAGAGGCUGGCAUCAAGAAACACUACCUGGUGCCACUGACCGUCGCUCAGCGGUCUAGAUGGAGGCGGAAAGGAGUAAAGCUACAUAUUUACAAUGAGCACACCUUCAUCGCUAAGCACAUUAGUGGUGGAACCGUGUGCGAGGUCUGCAAUAAGACGAUAGCGCGACGCAUCGGCAAGCAAGGUUACGAGUGUCGUGACUGCCAGUUCAAGUGCCACAAACACUGCCAUGUCAAGGUGUCGUCCACCUGCCCACAGUCCACUGUGCAAAAUAUGGAGCUGGCUUACAUCUCAUCGCCAUACACGGAUAAGAAUAUACGAAUGUUGUGA